AUGGACGCGAACGAAGAGCGUUAUUAUGGCAACCAAACGCCGGAUCGGUCGGAAACAAACAGCCCUCGCUCACAAAUGAGCAGUCCCAAUUCGAACUCAUCAAUUAACGUGACAGACCAAUCGCUAUCAUUGUCGCAACACCAGCAGAAUUUAGAGACAUUAAAUAGAAUGGGAAUGUUUUUUCAUGCGCAACAGAUGCAUUUGAAUCAGAGUUUCGAGUCGGUUAAGUCUAGAUUGGGUUUGACACAAGUGCCGAGUGUUAGUCAGGGGCCUAGGCAUACUAUAGACGCGAUUCUAGGACUUAAUGGUGCCCGCCCGGUAAAUAGAGUGCAGAGUGAGUUUGAACAGAGAAGAGAGGAGAGGGAAUGCGAUCCAGUACCGGUAUCGCCCGGCGCGGUGGAAAGCGCCGGUGAGGGUUCCUGCAACAGUAACGAUGGUUACAGUAGAACACCCCCUGAUGAAAAGUCACCCCCGGGCAGCGAUGACGAAACUCCCCGACCAGGGUCAGCAGCUGACAACAAGAAGAAGCACAGAAGAAACCGCACUACCUUCACGACGUACCAACUCCACGAGUUGGAGAGAGCAUUCGAGAAGAGCCACUACCCUGACGUAUAUUCGAGAGAGGAACUGGCGAUGAAGGUCAAUCUCCCCGAAGUUAGAGUACAGGGUUAA